AUGUCAUCCAACAAGACCUCGGCCAGUGUCUCCAUCGAUAAGUUCGAUGGGGACAACUACUCAACCUGGUGUCGCUACAUGCGCGGCGUGUUUCUGACGAAGUCAGUCUGGUACGUCGUGAACCGCGAAACGUCUCCAACCUUCACCGACACGCGAGCUUCCGACGAGUACGUCAAGGCGAGCAACAUCGCGUUCGGGUUGAUGUUGCUCCACAUGGACGCCGACUACCACCAUGUGGUCGACAACUGUGAAGAAGCAUGGACAGCGUGGUCGCGGUUGAAGAUGCUCUAUGGUGGGUCGCAGAAGGCGGGACGCAUCUACCUCAAGCGCCAGCUGUUCAGCAUCAAGAUGGCGGAAGGUGCCAACGUCUUGCACCAUUGCAACGAAGUCUUGAACAUCGGCGCCAAGCUCAGCAGCAUCGGUGCCAAGAUGGAAGACGAAGACAUUGCGAUCUGCUUGCUGCUCAGUCUCCCGAAGAGUUUCGAGAACGUGGUUCUGAACUUGGAGAUGAGCACUGCAGAGCUGCGCACGCAAGAUGUGGUCAAGGUGCUGACUAACGAGCACAUCAAGCGACAAGGCGAGAAGAUGACAACGGCAACGAAAACGGUGAAGACUGAAGAUGCGACAAAGGCAUUCAGUACCGAGCGCAAACCCUACCAAUGCACAUACUGCGGCAAGGUGGGGCACACGGCAGAGCGUUGCUGGACGAAGCAAAAGGAUGAAAGUCGAGGAGCCCAACGCGGCGGCAAUGGUCGUGGACGCGGGGCAAACAAUGUCCAGUGGCGACAUUAUGAUGAAGGCAACAGCUACGAUCGAGUGGCGUUUGCAGUUUCGUUCGAAUGCGGAGUUUCGACGAACAAGAAUGGACCAGGAAUGUGGGCCGUUGACAGCGGGGCAACACAUCACAUCUGCCACGACAAGUUCAAGUUUGCAAGCUUGGUCGAAGGCAAUGAUGGCGAGAUCCUGGUGGCUGAUGGCAACAAGGCGACCAUCAAAGGUGUGGGGACCAUCGUGGAAAAGGUGAUUCUGCCAAACGGGGAAGAGCGCGAGAUCGAGAUCAAGAACGCGCUCUAUGUGCCCAGCAUGAGCAAAAAUCUGCUCUCGGUGCCGCAGAUUAACAAGCACGGCAACUUCCAAGUGGUGUUUGACGGGGAUACGAUGUACGUCGCUCGCAAGGAUUCCAAUCAAGUGGUGGCAGCUGCGGAUCUUGUAGACGGACUCUACUGGCUUCGCACGACGCAGCGAUCGGCCAAUGCGACAUCACUCAGCAACGCUGUUGAUCUACAUGCGCGAAUGGGCCAUGCUCCAGUCGACGUGCUUCGCAGGAUGGUGACAAGCCACAUGAUCAAGGACGCUCACAUCCCUUCCAAGCCGAAUGGAUCAAGUGUGUGUCGAGGAUGCCAAGAAGGGAAGAUGGUCCAAAAACCAUUCCCGAGCAACCGUGACAAGCGCACCUACAACACCUUCGAGAUGCUCCACUUCGACAUCUGCGGACCCAUGGAAGAAAAAUCUCUGGGUGGCAGCAAGUAUCUGCUGCUGAUCGUGGAUGAAGCCAGCGGAUGCAUGAAGGGUUUUUGUCUGCAUUCCAAGUCAGAGAGCGAAGAGUGCAUCAAGAAGUACAUCACGAUGAUACCGACGCAGUUCAACAAGAAGGUCAAAUUUGUGCGACACGAUGGAGCCCGCGAGUUUGCGACGAACUCGCUUCAAGAUUUCUACGAAGUCGAAGGCAUCGAGCAACAAACCACGGUGCCAUACGCACAUCAAGCCAAUGGAACUGAUGAACGCGCGAUUCGAACUAUCGUCACCAUCGGUCGUGGCAUGCUCCAUCAUGCCAAGUUGGACAAGUGCUUCUGGGCUGAAGCGGCAAUGACGGCCGUCUAUGUGAAGAACCGUUUGCCGUCACCCAAGAUUCCACACAAGACACCGUUCGAGAUUGUCUACAAUUCUAAGCCAAGUGUCAAGCACAUGCGCGUUUUUGGGUGCCAAGCAUACAUCUUGACCCCGAAGGAGAAACGACUCAAGUGGGAUCCCAAGGCCCGGGCUGGAUUGUUUUUGGGCUACGAAGAAGUGUCCAAGGCGUAUCGAGUUUACGACAUCGAAGCGGGGCAGGUGAUGAUAAGUCGCGAUGUCAACUUCGAUGAGUCGGCCUUUGGAAUGUCGAUGCUGAUUUCCGAUGACGAUGUUGAUGGCCUGGACUUCGAAUCGAUCGAUCUUGAUGAUGAAGAACCGCGUCCGAGACACUUCAAACAAACAGGAAAGCGCAAGGCCCAACCCAGUCACGACAAUGACGACGCAAGCAUGCCCCGAGCAGUGCGCCAACGACCCGGAUUGGAAGAGUCAAGUGCGCCGGAUGACCUCUCUUCACGUCGAGCCAACGAAGAUGAAGAAAGGAAGUCGGAGGAACAACAUGACACACCGACUUCCUCCGCGUUUUGGCAUGCGAGUGAAAACGCCGUCGAAGCAGCGGUCGAUUUUUCAGAGCCGUCGACAUUUGAAGAAGCAGUAUCUGGCCCGGACCAACUACACUGGCGCAAGGCAAUUGAUGCGGAGCUCGAUUCGAUGAAGCUUCGCGGUGUCUUUCGUGCGGCCAAGUUACCAAACGGACAAAGCGCCAUUGGCACAAAGUGGGUCUUCAAGAUCAAGCGCAAGGCGGAUGGGUCGAUCGAGAAAUACAAGGCACGACUUGUGGCCAAGGGUUUUCGCCAAAAGUAUGGCAUCGACUACACGGAGACGUUCUCGCCCGCGGUCAAGUAUGUGACGCUGCGAAUGGUCAUCGCCAUUACCAAGCACUUUGGAUGGCCCCUCGACCAGCUCGAUGUGGUGACUGCGUUCCUGUAUGGAGUGAUGAAGGAGAAGGUGUUCUGCGCUGUUCCGGAAGGCGUCAAGAUGGAAGGUGAUUUCGACUGUCUCGAGCUGAUCAAGGCGAUCUACGGUCUCAAGCAAGCCUCGCGUGUUUGGAACGAGACCUUCGACGAGUUCAUACGCUCGAUUGGUUUUCAAGCGUCGGGAUUCGAUCCAUGUCUCUACAUCAUGACUUCGGAAGGCCAUUGUGUUUUUGUGCUGGUCUACGUGGACGAUGUCUUGGUGACUGGAAGCUCGCUCGAGAUGAUUGCGCGCACCAAGAACGACCUCAAGACACGCUUCGAGAUGACGGACAGCGGCAAGUGUGCCUUUGUUCUUGGGAUCGAGUUAUUGGACGGUGAAGAUGGCAGCGUGACUAUGUGUCAGCGCCGUUAUGUCGACGAUGUCCUCAAGCGCUUUGGAAUGGAUGAGUGCAAGGCUGUGGCAAGUCCGGUGGACGUCAGCUCUCGACUGGUUCCAAGCAACUCUGCAAGCAAGGUGAAUGUCCCAUUCCGUGAAGCAGUGGGUGCUUUGAUGCACCUGACGACUGCAACGCGACCGGACAUCGCCUAUGCUGUAAGCUUUGUGUCACGGUUCAUGGAGAAACCCCAAGAAGAACACUGGGUUGCAGUCAAGCGCAUCUUCCGCUACCUACAAGGCACCAAGAUGCAUGGAAUCUGCUACAAGCCAAGUGCGAAGAUCGACUUUCGUGGCUAUUCAGAUGCAGACUGGGCCGGUGACCUUGCUGAUCGCAAAUCGACGUCCGGCUACGUCUUCAUGCUAUUGGGUGCUCCGGUGAGUUGGGGCAGCAAGAAACAGCCAAGUGUGUCACUGUCUACAAGCGAAGCGGAGUACAUCGCGCUCAGCCUGGCGAUCCAAGAAGGCAAGUGGAUCAAUCGCUUGCUGUGCGAGAUCAUGGCGGCUGCAAACGAAGAAGGACCCGAGCUCGUCAUCCGUGAAGACAACCAGUCGUGCAUCAAGAUGACGAAGAAUCCGGUCAACCACGGCCGCGCUAAACACAUCGACAUCAAGUACCAUCACAUCCGUGAUGAAGUCAAGCGCGGCGAAGUGAAGCUUGAAUACUGCGAGACGACGUUGAUGUUGGCGGACAUCAUGACCAAGGCACUUCACGGACCGCGUCACAAGAACCUGACACAGGCGCUUGGCAUCCGUGCGUGUUCGGAUUGA